AUGUUGCGACGCUCAGCAAUUACGUGCCACUUUUGCAAUGCCCCGGUGCUUCCAAAGGACCCAGCAAACUUCGGGUGUCCCCACUGCGGCUCAGUCAACCGAUUUGUCAACGGGAAUUUGGUGGAUCCCGCUAUGUUUAACCUGGAAAUGAAUACACGCAGCUUCGUGAGACAGAGGAACGAUAGGCUGCCUGCGGAAUUUGGUCGUCGGGACAUUCUGUGCCAUAGCUGUCAACGGAAUGCCACCCUCGUUGUCCAGCUAUUAGCCAAUUAUGUGGAGGGUUCGGAAGACGAGAAUAGCAUCGAACAAUAUCGAGAGUCCCUUUCAACGCGCUACCCUCUUGUUUGCGACUCCUGCCAGAGCUCAGUAGAUGCUGAAAUCAACAAGAAAAACGCAAUGGCGCGAUCGCAAGCGCUAGGUGCCUGGCUAAACCAAACCAGAGGCAAAGUAAAGCAACGCCAAAACGCUUUGCCUCAUGAACACGACAAACUGUCGCGCGAGUUGUUGAUAUGGCGGCUGCGUGGCGGCCUGUGGGCUACGACGAUAAUAAUCUCUCUGCUGAGCAAUGCGACGGCAGGUCUCGGAUGGUGGCCGUCGACGUUCAACCGACCAUGGCUCCUACUCUCCCUUAAUAUACUGGCCAUCUUCUGGUCUUUUUGGGACCCCACUUACUCGUCAUUUCGUUCGGCAAAGCUUCAGGGGCGACAAAUAAGAGUCCAAGGGAAGAAGAUUCACAUUGGGCUUCAACUGUCUGGCUGGAUUACUCGAGUUACCACGUCCCUUCUUAUCUACAGACAUUGGUCCGGCCCUAAUGCCCUACACCUUGUCUCUACCUCCAGUCGCGUAUAUUUGGCAUCUAUAUCAGUUAUUGAACUUGCUUGUGCCAUCCUUCCUUUCUUUAUUCUUCGCCUCCAACAACCGCCUGCCAUCCGCCUAAUUGACACAGCAAGGCACAAGGCCGACACCGCGCCGUCUCGUACACCCACGCCAGUCCCAGGGAGUUCUCUCGAACCAGAACUCUUCGCUGGAUUAUCAUUCUCGUCAAAACCGGUGUUGACGCCCCCAAGGAAGGCGCCUGUUUUCGGAGUCUCGUCAAUGCUUCCAUCCUCAAACGAACAUGUUACAGAGGCCGAUGAAAUGGACGUAGAUAUUCCAGCAGCGCCAAAGACCAAUCCGGAACCGAUAUGGCUCCGCCCGCAACGCUUCUUUGCCCCCGAAGCACCAACAGGACUGGAAAGUCUAUUCGAAAUGACCAAAAUUGGCGACGAGGACGUGACCAUGGGUGAAGUCUCAUCUCGUCAAGUAACGCCACAAUGGAAGUGGUGGUGGGUAUACGCCCCAUCAGUGCUUGUGCUGCUCGCACUGGGUUACAAUGCUUGGGGCAGGAGCAAAAACGCCAACUCUUCACAAAUACUUCCAACGAUCCCUCCAACAUCACAAUAUAUGUCAUCUAAUUCACAAAGUCAACCGUACAGCGAACUAUCUUGA